AUGGCGUCGCCAAUGCCUCCAGACGCUCAAACUGUUUUCGCUCCGCAGGAAGAGCUGAAUGCUGUUCGCCGUCAAGCCAAACUACUUGCUGAUGAUAUAAAGCAAGCACUGGAAGAAACUCUCUCGCAACUAGCGCAUAUCUCGAACGAAACAUCUCCUUGGAAUGGUCGCGUCCCCCUUUUUCGUUCGCAGUCAGCUAAGUGUCAAAAACAUCUUAAUUCGCAGCGAGGCAUGGAAAAUUACGAACGAGAUCUCGAUGACGAUACGGGAACUCAGGUGGGCACACUAUCAGACAGCGGGGGUGACGAUUACUCGUCGCCCGAUAGGGUCUUGAGUUUUAAGCAAUAUAGUGGUUUGGACUCGGGAAAGAAACGCAACCGCAUUCGCUGCGGCAUCCAAGUCCAUGAGGAUAAGAUUCGCAGCAUUUUAUCUCGGAUGAAGCAACUGACGCAUGCAAAUGUGGGCUCUACCAAUGUUAAAACAGACCAGCGUGGCGAUCACGGAGAUAGUAGUAGCAUGAACAGUUCGAAUAGUAUUUAA